CGGGCAGCGCAGGCGCAGUGUCCCCGGGCCAAGAUGGCGAUGCGGUGUUCUGCACGCUGGUUGCUGGUGGCUGUGGGGACCCCCCGGCUGCCGGCUGCAGCGGGGAGGGCGGCGCGCCCUCUUUGGGAGGGUGUGGUUGGGGCGUCACUGGGUCCCAGGCUGAAUGUCGCCGCCUUCGCGCCUUCCCUGGGCGCUCGUGGUCCCCGGGCGCUGCUGACAUUGAGACCCUGUGUCAGCCUCACAGGAACAAAAACUUACCCUGUUGUUUGUACUGCCUCCUUCCACACAAGCACCCCUUUGGCCAAAGAAGAUUAUUACCAGAUAUUAGGAGUGCCCCGAAACGCCAGCCAGAAAGAGAUCAAGAAAGCCUAUUACCAGCUUGCCAAGAAAUAUCACCCUGACACGAAUAAGGAUGAUCCCAAAGCAAAGGAGAAAUUCUCCCAGCUGGCAGAAGCCUAUGAGGUGUUGAGUGAUGAAGUGAAGAGAAAGCAGUAUGAUACCUAUGGUUCUGCUGGUUUUGAUCCUGGGGCCAGCAGCUCUGGACAGAGCUACUGGAGGGGAGGCCCAUCUGUUGACCCAGAGGAGCUAUUCAGGAAGAUAUUUGGGGAGUUCUCAUCUUCAUCAUUUGGAGACUUCCAGAGUGUAUUUGAUCAGCCUCAGGAAUAUAUCAUGGAGUUGACAUUCAAUCAAGCUGCCAAGGGUGUCAACAAGGAGUUCACCGUGAACAUCAUGGAUACCUGUGAGCGCUGUGAUGGCAAAGGGAAUGAGCCCGGUACCAAGGUGCAGCAUUGCCACUACUGCGGUGGCUCUGGCAUGGAAACCAUUAACACAGGCCCUUUUGUGAUGCGUUCUACGUGUCGGAGGUGUGGUGGCCGAGGCUCUAUCAUCACAAAUCCAUGUGUGAUCUGCAGAGGAGCAGGACAAGCCAAGCAGAAGAAACGAGUGAUGAUCCCUGUGCCUGCAGGAGUCGAGGAUGGCCAGACUGUGAGGAUGCCUGUGGGAAAACGAGAAAUUUUCAUCACAUUCAGGGUGCAGAAAAGCCCUGUGUUCCGGAGGGACGGCGCAGACAUCCACUCCGACCUCUUUAUUUCUAUAGCUCAGGCUCUUCUUGGAGGGACAGCCAGAGCUCAGGGCCUGUAUGAAACAAUCAAUGUGACGAUUCCACCAGGGAUUCAAACAGACCAGAAGAUUCGCUUGACUGGGAAAGGCAUCCCCCGGAUUAACAGCUAUGGCUAUGGCGACCACUACAUUCAUGUCAAAAUCAGAGUUCCAAAGAGAUUAACAAGCCGGCAGCAGAGCCUGAUCCUGAGCUACGCUGAGGAUGAGACUGAUGUGGAGGGAACGGUGAAUGGUGUCACCCAAACAAGUGCAGGUGGCAGGACCAUGGAUAGCUCCACAGGAAGCAAGGCUAGGCCUGAGGCUGGGGAGGACGAGGGAUUCCUUUCCAAACUUAAGAAAAUAUUUACCUCCUGAUAUUCCAGCCGAGGAAAACGAUCCACUGGAAACUAGGCCGGGAGCAACAGUCCUCCUUGUGACCAGGCUUCAGAGACAUGAGGAUCCCAGAGCAGUAGCACUGAGCUCCUGCCUGCAGAGCCCUCUCAACCACCAGGAAACAGCAAAACAACAUGACAGCACAUAUCUGCAUGAAAAGGUCACAGUGGACAGCCUCUGGGCAGUGAAUGUAGCACCCAAGGACUGGUGGAAGUUCAUGGAUAGGUGAUGCAUCUCUUCUGACUCAGGCAGGGUAAGACAGCUGGACACUUCUUAUAGCACUAAAACUAUAGUUUGGAAUUAAAUGUGGUGGAGAGUUUAAAGAAUUAAAGGCCAUGCUUUCAGCUUAAAUUGAAGCCUUAGAACUGCACCAAGUGUGAAAUGAUUCAUUUUCCUCUCAGCAAACCUCUAAGAGGUCCUGAAAUGAGUCCUUUGUGACAGGUCAUCUUCAUCAGAAACAGGGCUGCAUAACUCACCAGAGCUAUCUUCUCUCAGCACACUCUGCCCAGGCCUCCUCUUGGAGUUUAUUUAAUUCUCCAAGGUACCAAGCGGCUGGAAAGUGUAUGCUGGGGCCUGGGGAGGCACCUAAAGGCCCACAGGGUCUCUAGAAGACAGACAAUCUCUUCCACUGAUGGCAUUCAGCCCCGACAGAUGGCAUUCGGCCCUGACUUUUGAAUUCUGUGAUUCCAGCUGAGGGUGGUGGAGCUCCUGCACUUCUGAGCCACAGCCACUGGGCCAUGCUGGGGAGACAUCAGUUACUGCAGGAACUUGAAGCCAUGCCAGCCAGCAUCUUGGUUCUUACCACCAAUGUUUUCAAUAUCUGUUUUCCAAGUGUGUUUAAAUUACUCAGUGCUAAGAAUCACAGUCUUUUCCUGUGUAAAUGUGCAUUCAAGAGAGGAAAACAGUCCACACCAGUGAAGGUUCCCCACCAUGCAGCCAGGGCAAAUGCCAUGUCCUCAGCCUCUGCUAGUAGCACACUGCAGUUUCCACGUGGUUCACAGUCCUUGCUAGUGUAAGACAGGUUAAUGAAGAACAUUUUUCUUUAUAAUUUACAAAAUUAAAGAUGACAGUAGUGUCUUAAGUAUGUAAAAUGAUUCUGUAUCAAUGUAAAUAAGAUUAUCUUCUGCAAAACAUAAUUUAAAAACUAAA